AGUGGUUUUAGUUAAGGAGGAAGAGAAGGGCAACAUUAUAUAUUUAGUUAUAAUUUUAGAAGUUGUGCACUCUCCGCCCUCUACUUUGUAAUUAAUUUACCUAAUUGGUUUAGUGGGCAGCAGGUUUGACCUUUGACAGUUGUUGGCAACCCUGGCAAUAUUUGACAGGUCGAACAGCGUCUGGUCCUUUUUUCUCUGCUUUCCGAAGCCGCCGGAUCAUUGCUUUGAGCGCUCGUACGAAAAAGUGUCUUUUCUACAUUGUUCUUUGUAAUAAUUGAUACAUCGUCAUAACCGCAUCUUGCAUUGGUUUUGUUGUGCGAAAACCUACUGUAAAGAUAUCAUGGAAAGUUCAGAAUCAGAAGACGAUCAGACGAAGCACGGAAGUAAUGGUGUAACGCCAGAUGCCGCCACGGAAGAUAUUGACGCUAUGGAUGUUGAGACGCCGGAAGCAUGUGAGUAUCUCGAUCCGGUAGGGAUCCGGCUCGGACCAAAGCAACCCAAAAAGUCGUCGGAGAACGAAGACGUUAUUGUAUGCAUUUCGGACUCUGAUUCCGAGCCCUCGACGCCCGAAGACGAAUUUUCGACAUCCGACCAAGUAGAAGGCGAAGAAGAAAUUGAGGCAGAAUCGACACCGGAGUCCGAGACCUCGACGCCCGAAGACGAAUUUUCGACAUCCGACCAAGUAGAAGGCGAAGAAGAAAUUGAGGCAGAAUCGACACCGGAGUCCGAGACCUCGACGCCCGAAGACGAAUUCUCGGAAUCCGACCAAGUAGAAGGCGAAGAAGAAAUUGAGGCAGAAUCGACACCGGAGUCCGAGACCUCGACGCCCGAAGACGAAUUCUCGAAAUCCGACCAAGUAGAAGGCGCAGAAGAAAAUAAGGCAGAAUCGACACCGGCGUCUGAGUCCGAGACCUCGAAGGCCAAAGGCGAAUUCUCGAAAUCUGGAAAAAAUCUGGUAAAUCGUUCACUAGCUAAUCUGGUGGACCCCACCGAUUCCUAUCGUUUUCUGUUGCCUCUACCACCGUUGAUUCGGAGAGACAGAGUUACUAACACUCCAAUGGCGAACAACAAAACGCUCAAUCUACCACUUCCUCCAUUGACGUUGGCGAAUCGGAUUCCGUUGCCGGUAGUGCAUUCGGAAGUAGAUUCUCCGGAAGAACAGCCUUUAGAAAAAAAACCUCAUCAUAUUUUCGAAAUUUCGGAUGACGACGAUCUGAGCAAACCGGCAACUUUGGACGGGUUGAGUUUCGAUCUAACUGGCGACGACAGUGAUGAAGAGUCCAACUCAUUUUUGGUAGACAAAAAUACAGACAAUUUGCAAUCCGGGGUUGCCAGUGAGCAAGUAGCAGCCCCCAAUGAAAAUGAUGAAUCCAUGAGCGAGCCGCUGAUUGAGGGUAAUGUAGGCGCGGUAGAAUCUCAGCUACCUCGUCAAUCCGACAAACCAACCGGGAACAAUGAUAAUGCAUCGCAAUCCAUGACCAACAGUGAGCAAUUAGCAGCUCCAAACGAGGACGAUGAAUCAAUGAGCGAGCCAAUUAUCGAGGCUAGUGUAACCGGAGCCGAAUGCCAGCUACCUUGCCGCCAGUCCGACAAGCCCACAGGGAACAAUCACGAUGCAUCGCAGCUAGUGAGCGAUAUACUUGUGCCUUCCGGUGAGGGUGCUUCAACAUCAUUGACAGGAAACCAGCGUCACUCUCAGCCAACAAAUACCAGCGUUAGUCUUUUUCGCCCAGCACCGCUUAUCCAUCCGUACAUCAGCACUCUGUUUAGGCGAACUGCGCCUGGGCUUCCUAACUUCCGCGUAAAUCAAACUCAUUAUCUCGACAGAAUUUUGUCCGCAGUCUUUCCAAAUGACCAUAAUGAGCCGGUUUACACUAGAGUCCCCGGUGGUUUUGAAUACACGCGGCUUCUCCAACUCUUCUCGAGAAAAAAGAAAACCAAACGGAUUCAAAGUGCGUCAAACCGUAGAGAUAUGAUGCUAAAGUCCCCGUUCUAUGAAGGGCGGACCCGUUACGGAGGAGCGUCCGCGGUCCGAAGCAAUUCGGACAAUCAACUUUUCCAGCGGCCAUUGACAACUCGCCAAGACGCUCUACCGACCAAUGCUGGCCAGAGUCAGCUAUUGACUCCGUUGAUGUCAUCAACUUCUACGAGUCCGUCAACCGACGGAACGGAUAAGUGGCGCCAGUUAACCUACCCGAGUAGCUACGAUCGCCCAACUUGGUAUGAUUCCAAGAAUAGAAUGACACGCGGUCGUGUGCCGAUGACGGAAUUGGUCAUACCCAAUGUCGUCCAGCUGUUGCAGUACAAGCGGCAGUUGCUAACGAAGGAUACGUCGGGCAGAUCCGAAGAACAUCAAAAUCCCAAUGCUGUUGCCGGCAAAACCAACUCACCACCGCCUCCCGACAUAGCGAGUGAAGUUGGAAAACGUGAUCAGCAAAUAACGAAGAUAAAACCGGCUAUAACACGGACACGCCCAAGCACUACCACUAAUGCUAGCGACCUAUUUACACCCGCGCCACGCCACGAGCUCCCGAACGUAGCAUUGCAGGGGCUGACUUCGUUGCCGAAGCUGGAUCUACCACCGGAGUUCUGUUUUGGACCGGGCUCCUCACAACCAGCCUGGAAAACGUUGAGCUCAAUGAAUCAGCCGGCCAGAGACAAUAUGCAGCAGCAUACUGUGUGUAUGUACCCGAUACCCGUGAUUCCUGAUGGCGAAGCGCCUUCAUCCGAGACAUUUCAGUUUAGUCAACCCGAGAACUUGGGAAGCUGGGCAACCGAGGAGACUUAUUCAAGCAUUUCAGAUCCGCCAACUGCGUUCGAUUUUGUGGCACCUGUUCCUAUGGACAUCAGUAGCGUUUCUGGAAUCGUGGAAACUAAUGCACAGCCUGAUUCAGACCUUUCAAUUAAUUUGCCCUCGUUCGCCCAGCUAUCGAGAACAGCGACCGGCACAUGGGAAUGCCCAACCUGCAUGGUAUUCAAUGCACAAAGCUUCAAUCGCUGCGCUGCAUGCGAGUGUCCACAACCCGGAACAUCGACAAUGGAAUCUAUCCAGCCGUCCGCGGCUGCCCCUGCCCCUGCCGUCGAUUUCAAAACACUCGUUAGCACACAGGCCGCCAACGGUUGGGAGUGUCAGGAGUGCUUUGUGCGUAAUGCAGCAAAGGAGCAGCACUGCGUUUGCUGUGGCGCUAAACCAAAAGUAUUGACGGCCAGUCAGCCGGCUCCUCUGGCAGUGAUGAAUCAGAGUCAGCCUGCUGCUAAAAUUAUGCCAGCGGCAUCUGAUCAUUUUAAGGCGCUCGUGCACCUCCAAAAAUCAGACAAAUGGGAAUGUUCGACGUGCCUAACGCGCAACGAUAUUGCGUCGAUGAGAUGUGCUUGUUGUGAGCAGCCGAAACCGUCCACUUCAAAUCAACCGGUAAUGAAUCAACUUACGUUUGGUAACUUCCCGGCAGACAAUCUAACGCCGCAGCAAACAAAUUUCGGCAACACCAGCGCAAUGCAGACAGUCGGAGCAGUACCCGACAAUACAACAUCAACAGUGACUUCUGCGGCCAGCAGCGAGCAGUUGCUGCAACCAAAACCACUGUUCGAUAACAACAGCAUCAACGCUAACCAAAUGAGGACUAGUUUGCCUUCCUUUGCCACGAUGAAAGGUGCACAGAAGUACGAAGGUGUCAAACCGGUCGCGAUCUCGGCACCCGCCAUACCCAACGUAGAAACAGGACCUUCUAAAUCCCGUUCAAAGUCCAUCGCUGCCACGGCUGUCGGAGUAACAACAAGAAGUAAGACGUUGCUUAAAAGGAAAAGCGACACACAGGAUGAAAGGCAGCAAACGGUGCCAUUUUUAGGACGACGAUCCCGGCGCGGCAAUUUGAUAUGGACUAGAAGCGAAGCGGAUCAGAAGGCUGGUGCCAAACGUAACCCUAAUCCGCCGACUAAGCACGACGAUGAAGAGGAGAAACCGUAAUAGGUUUUACAUUAUUUUCCACAUAUUAUUUUCCACACAUUAUUUACGUUUAGAGUUAUAAUCGAAAUCAAAAGAGAACUGUGUUACUGCGAGGAAAGAAACAACAGAUGGUAGAAGAUGAGGCGAUAGGGAGAGAGGGUCCCAGCCGAUGCGGACUAGAAGCGAUGCGGAUCAGAAGGCUGGUGCCAAACGUAACCCCAAUCCGUCGACUGAGCACGACGAUGAAGAGGAGAAACCGUAAUAGGUUUUACAUUAUUCUUAUUUUAACAUUAUUUUCCACACAUUAUUUACGUUUAGAGAUCUAAUCGAAAUCAAAAGAGAACUGUGUUACUGCGAGGAAAGAAACAACAGAUGGUAGAAGAUGAGGCGAUAGGGAGAGAGGGUCCCAGCAAGUAAUGAGAAAUGACGAGUAAUCAGAAACGUGAAAUGAAAUAUUAAAUGAAUUCCUUUUGUUCAUGUAUUGUUCAAUUAAAUUGAAUAAAACAUAUUUUUUUGCGGCCAUUGGCCAGCACUCAGCAAA